GCGGCGGGGAGGGCAGCCGAGCUGUCCGCAAACAACGGGCCUUUAGUUUUCAGGUGGCGAAACUGACUGGUCUGGUUAGAGCACGUCCAAGCCAAGCCGCAGUACUGUUUGGAUUUUUAAAUUUCUCCUGAGUGAGAAAAUAGCAAUCGAGAUGGAGCCAUCCGCACAAAAGUUCCAGCUGGCAGCAUCAUCUCCCACCAGUUUAUCCAACUUCUGCCAAGGCUCUGAAAUGCCAACCAUGUCGAGGCCUGCACUUGAUGUCAAGGGUGGCACCUCACCUGCAAAGGAGGAUGCCAACCAAGAGAUGAGCUCUCUGACCUACUCUAACCUGGGAGUGAAAGACCGCAAAGCAGUGGCCAUUCUGCACUACCCUGGGGUAGCCUCGAAUGGAACCAAGGCCAGUGGGGCUCCCACUAGUUCCUCAGGAUCUCCAUCUCCAAUAGGCUCUCCUACCGCCACCCCUCCCACUAAACCCCCACCCUUCAACCUGCACCCUGCCCCUCAUCUGCUGGCCAGUAUGCAGCUGCAGAAACUCAAUAGCCAGUAUCAUGGGAUGGCUGCCGCUACUCCGGGCCAACCUGGGGAGGCAGGGCCCCUACAAAACUGGGGCUUUGCAGCUCAGGCGGGAGGGGCGGGGUCACUCUCUCCUUCUACUGGUGCCCAGAGCCCUGCUAUCAUCGACUCGGACCCAGUGGAUGAGGAGGUGCUGAUGUCGCUGGUGGUGGAACUGGGACUGGACCGGGCCAAUGAGCUGCCAGAGCUGUGGCUGGGGCAGAAUGAGUUUGACUUCACGGCGGACUUUCCAUCUGGCUGCUGAUGCCAACUGUCCCUAAAGAUGGAGGAACGAAGCCACCGAUUCUGUUGUAAAUAAAAAUAAAAGUUACUUACA